GCUCAUAUUGGCAGGCUGAUGCAAAUAGUUAUGCCAACAUGGAGAAUAAUGGCGUUGCCUGCUUUCGUGGUGGAGGCGGUUUUGAAGAUGAAGAUGAGACCAGCACCUGCAAGGGUGCCUGUCUACUUCGCAUGCUUCGCUAUCAUGUUGGAGCAAAGAAGUUCAAGCAAUGUGCCCACAAUUUUGUGAAGACGAACGCCUUCAGCAGCUUCUGGCCUGCCUUUGCUGAGAUGGCAGGGGGAGAGGGUGCACACAUCAAGGACUUCAUGAUGACAUGGACCACACAGAAGGGAUACCCUUUAAUCAGUGUGGAGUUACUCGACAGCCACACCAUCCGGAUAUCGCAGUCUCCGUUUGCAACCACGAUGGGAAGAGCAGGAGCUCAAAGGCAGUCGCUCCAGCUAUGGCACGUGCCCAUCACGUUAUGUGUGAGUUCAUACUCGAGCUUGGAGCAAUGGCUACUCACAGAGCAAUCGACCACUAUAAAGCUGCAAGCUCUGAUGUCAUCCCCUUUGAAACAACAAGGACAAGAACAAUCGUUGGCGUUAUCACCACCGACGUCACCAUCCUCAACAUCAAUACCGUUGUCGUCAUCAUUGCCACCCUAUCGGGAAAGAGGCAGUUUCCGGAUUGGCACAGCUCCUCCUUGGGCAUGCCGUCAACAUCCACCCUCACAAGUGCGUCCUAUUCAUCAUUGCCAAAAGCGGGCCGAACAACUAAUGGAAGGUGACGAGCAGCGAUCGUCGUCUUUCUGCUCGAGCUUAUCGUCAUCUGGCUACUCAAGCUGGACAGGUAGCGUACUAGAGAGGGCCUGGAGGUGCGGUUGCUCUGGAUUCUUGCGUGCCCCAGCUGACAUGGCAGAUGACGUGGGAGCCAACUCAAGUAGUAGAGGAAGGAUGAUGAUCAAGUCAAGGACUGCAGGUAACAUCCAUAACAGUCUUCUCAGAAACCGAGCGCACACGACAUGUAGAGAGAGAAGCAAGGACGGAUCGGCGAAGAAGAUGCAUAACAAGCAGUCUUCUCACAAACCGCUGCAAUCACUUGAGCGAAUGGCAGCGACAGAGAGAGCGGCAUUUGAAGAGAGAGACAGGGCAGGGCUGAGAGACAGUGAGACAGGGGAAAGAGAGAGUUCACAGAGGAGGAAGCAUCACAUACCAGCUAUGGAGCCCCCGACAAGUGCAGAAGUGAGGGAGAGAUGGAGGGAGACAGGAGAAGACUGCAAGCCAGCAGAGAAGCGGAAAAGUGACGAGCCGUCUGCUAGGAGCAACAAUGAGAGAGACGAGGUAGACGGGGAUCAUGGUCAUUGGGCCAGAGAUGAUGGAUGUCAGACAGAGAUGAUGGGAGAAGGAGAGAGAGAGGUAGACAUGACAGAGAGCGCCAGACAGAGGUCAUCGAGAGAGCAGAGCAAUUUAACCUUGUACUGCCGCAGUGUUGCAGAUGAACCACUCUCCGACAGUCAUGUGGAGAAGACGGACUCUGAGGAGGCAAAUGCAGGCAGAGAAGGGUGUGGGAAUGGUCUGAUGAAAGCAGCAGAGAUGAGCAGUGUGGUGCCAGAGCACGGCAUGGAGAAGACUGGGAUCCCAACCAAGAGAGAUGGAGACACUGGAUGCAAGACCGUCAAGACAGAGCACAGGUGUACAGAAAGGGCGUUGGCGGGUGAGAAGGCGGAGACGAGAGUAUUAACCACAGAAGAACAAAGGGGACUUGGGUGCGGUGACAAGGAGAAGAUGAAAAGGAAGACGGAAGGAGAUGGGGAGACAUUGCCGGGAAGGAGAAAGAGCUGUGAGAGUGAAUCUCCCGAAGAUCUUCCGAGGGCUAAGCACAGCACUCACUUGGAGGAGAGAGCAACGGGCAUCAAGGAGCAGAAGGCGGAGACUCCGGAGAGGAGAACGAACAAAAUGAUGGAUUCAGAAGUGGAGAGAGGCGAUCGGUCGCAUCAAGAUGGGAGAAUUGCAGAGCUGAGAGUCAGAGGGAUGAGAAAAGGCCAGAGCGAAGAUGGAAAGACAGCAGAGCAUGAACUACGGAAUUGCACCAAAGGUUAUGAGAUGGCGAAUGCCACUGUGUCCGCAAACUCACUCGUCAACGACCCGAUUGCCAGCGCCUCGCUGAGGACGGACGAGCAGAACUUCAAGAAGGAUGAGAGGGAAAAAGACGGGAAGGGCAAAGAAAAGGCAGAGGACGAGGAGGAGGAGGAGGAGCAGAAGAGGAAGAUGAACAAGGAUAGAAAGGAGACAGGGAAAGGCCAAAGAAAUAUUUGUACCUGCGCCCAUUGCUCCAAUAGUUACACUCCCAUGGCAUCAAAUUUCGAUGUCCUGUGCCAGCGGCGACAAACGUCACAAGAAGCGGAUCUGAUUCAACAGAGAUACAGAUACUACCCCCAAGCCCAUAUCUCCUGUGACUGUUGGAUAAAGGUGAAUGUGAGGCAGGUUGGCUUCUAUCGGGUGUGCUAUGAUGAUGAGCUAAUGGUGCAUCUGGUCAAUGCGCUUAAGGCAGGUCAGCUGGCUCCCUCCGAUAAAUUUGAUAUGCUACAGGCUUUCUGGAAUCAUUGCAGUGGCGCGGCCAUCCAUUGCCCAGGAUUUCAAUAAGUUUGCGUGCAGCCUUUUCCGUUUUCAUGCACAGAGGCUGGGAUGGCGGGCUGUCAAAGGGGAGGAUCACCUGGACAUGCUGCUGAGGGCCAAAGUCCAUGAACUUCUUGUUUCUCUCGGAGAUGCAAAAAGCAUAAGUGAAGGAGCGAGGAUGUUCAAGACAUCGGUUGGAGAUGAGACUUCCGAGAUGCUGUCAGCCGA